AUGAAGGGUAGACGGAGUUUCAGUUAUGGCGGGUCUCGACAGAAGCUCGGAAGCGCCCACAUCAACAGCCAUUUUUUCCACCAAUCCAGCAGAAGACAAACACCAGAGGCGCUCCGAGCUUGCCCGCGACUUUCAUCCCCUUCAACUCUCGUCGACUCGUCCGGCGAGUUUUGCGCCGCCGAUCGCGCUGCAGACCGCAGCGCGGAUCAAGGCAUUCAAGUCUCACCCUCCUUUUUCUCGGGAAUCGCCGGCGGGAUUUCCGAAUCCGACAAUCUGUGUUCUUACCGCAGCUUAGAUCGCGGCAGCAGCACCAGCUCCGCCGCCGCGCCCGCUUCCCCCUCCUUUUUCUCCCCCGCGGACGCCAAGGGGCGGCUCUCCGCGCAGUUUGGCUCGCGCAUGUGGGGGGAAGGCGGUGGCUAUUCCGCGCUGGAUGCGUCUCCGGAGCGAAACUGGAUGGGGGAAGCAGCAGAGCGCGCGGGGUUCGCCUCCGGGCGACGAAUGUCUACCUCCUCGUACUUCCAGACGCUUUUUCGCGUCGGCGAAAGUUGCGAGAGUGGCGAAAGUUGCGAAAGGGAGAACGACUUCCUCGAAACGGGUUACGACGAGAGCGACAUUGCGGAACCUCGUUGCCUGGCGCGCCGUUCCCCGUCGAUCUCCUCGUCGCGCCGCCGCAGCCCCUCGUUCUUCUCCCCUUCGCGCGCGCAUCUCCCCACCUCCCCCGCCGUCCGUCCCCCUCACAUCCUCUUCCGCUUCUCCCGCAGCAGGCGCCUCUCCGAAUCCGCCGUCUGCGUUACCGCCGCGCCUUCCCCCAUUUCUCCCUCCCCUUCCGCUUCCGCCGCCGCGAGCCGCCCUCCCUCCUCUUCGACCCGCGUCACGCCAGUAGACCCAUGGCAAGCGGAAAUUCUGUCCCAGCAAGCACUUGCCGACAAGGGAUGCCAGGCAGACGUGUCUGUGACGGGAAGGAGAAUGCCCGUCCCUUCAGGUUCUUCUUCAGGUGCUUCUUCAGGUGCUGGUGCAGCAGCAGGUGAAACGUUGGAGGUUUCGUUUGAGAACCUGUCCUUGGAUUCGGAUGAAGCAGGCUUGUCAGAAUGCUCUGCUGCUGCCACAGGCCAAACGCAGCCGACAUUGGCAGCAGAGAACGAGGAGCGUGCGCGAGGGGAUGUGGCAGCGGGAGGGUUGGGGAAGAUGGGGGAGGGGCUGGCAUGGGAAGCAGAGGUAGGCUGA